CGGCACAGCAGGUACUCUCUCUCUCUCCGGUCUCAAGUGCAAGACAGACUUUCACCAACCCCGUAUAUUCGUACCCCUGUCGUUACAAAUCCACCCGCGAGGUGGAUUACAAAUCCGAUCUCGGCAAAUCAGGGGCGAAAUCCAGGACUUAAGCGAUACAUAUAGAAGAAUGGGCGAGAAUGGGAAGCGAUCACGUCCCAGGAGGGAACACGACGGCGAUAGCAAACACCAGAAGAGGCGGGUACAUGAUAGAGACAGAGACAGAGACAGAGACGAGAAAGCGGGUGACGAUGAACUGAUUGUUUACAGGAUACUGUGCCCUGAUGGGUUCAUUGGUAGUGUGAUUGGAAAGAGUGGGAAAGUGAUAAACUCGAUACGGCAGGAGACAAGGGCCCGGGUUAAGGUUGUGGAUCCAUUCCCGGGGGCAAAGGAUAGAGUUAUAACUAUCUAUUGCUAUGUCAGGGACAAAGAUAAUGUGGAAAUCGACGAGGAAUUUGAUGACGGGGAGCCGCUUUGCCCCGCCCAAGACGCGCUUAUCAAAGUGCACAAUGCAAUUGCGGAGGCGAUUGAUUCCUUUGGAGAUUCUGAUAAGAAGUGGAAAGACAAGGAAGAGUGCAAAAUUCUUGUUCCUUCUAGCCAGUCCGCAAAUAUUAUUGGGAAGUCUGGGGCAACUAUAAAGAGAUUGAGGAGCAAGACAAGGGCAAACAUUAAGGUUACUCCAAAGGAUGCUAGUGACCCCACUCAUUCUUGUGCAAUGGAGUUCGACAACUUUCUUGUGAUAACUGGUGAUCCAGAUGCAGUGAAGAAAGCGUUGUUCGCAAUUUCAGCAAUUAUGUACAAGUUCGGUCCAAAGGAAGAGAUUCCUCUUGACACUAACGUGCCUGAAGCUCUUCCAAACAUUAUUAUCCCUUCAGACGUUCCUAUUUUCCCUUCCGGUGGGCUCUAUACAGGUGUAGAUCCCCGAUCUGUUCCUCCUAUGCUAGGUGCAGCAGGUAUACCGGAACUGCAAGGCUACCCUGAUGCAGGGAGUACUUGGCCUGUUUAUUCAAAUGCCCUUCCUUUAGUUUCUGGUUAUGGUGGAACAUCUAGAUCAGGGGAAUUAGUUGUAAGAGUUCUGUGUCCCUCUAACACGAUUGGCCGCGUAAUUGGCAAGGGAGGGAGUUCCAUUAAAAGUGUGAGGCAGGCCAGCGGUGCUUGUGUUGAUGUAGACGAUACAAAAGCGAAUCGUGGCGAAUGUAUCAUCACUGUCACCUCAACAGAGUCAACAGACGAUUUGAAAUCCAUAGCAGUUGAAGCUGUUCUGUUGCUGCAAGGUAAGAUAAAUGAUGAAGAUGACGACGACGUCACUAUCCGGCUUCUUGUUCCAUCUAAAGUUAUUGGCUGUAUUAUUGGAAAAAGUGGUUCAAUCGUAAAUGAGAUUAGGAAGAGAACUAAAGCUGAUGUCCAUAUCUCCAAAGGUGAGAAGCCCAAGUGUGCUGAUGCCAAUGAUGAACUUGUUGAGGUUGUCGGGAAAGUUGGGAGUGUGAGGGAUGCACUUGUACAGAUUGUUCUGAGGCUUCGAGAUGAUGUCUUAAAAGAUAGGGAACGUGGUCAUAACCAGUCUGCUGGUGCUGAUUCUUACUACUCUGGUGGCACUGGCUUUUCAGCACACUCAGUUUUGCCUAGUGUCCCCCCUGUUGCUCCAGUGGGUUAUGAGCAGAGAGAUGAAGCUGGGAGUGGCUUGGGCAUGCGUUCUUCAAGCAGUCUCUACGGAUAUGGAUCUCUACCGGUGGGGGAUGAUGGCUAUGGCUCUUUGCCUUCGUACUCAUCCAAGCUGUAUGGAGGAUUGCCACCUCCAUCAACCCUUGAGAUGGUGGUUCCUGGACAUGCAGUGGGUAAAGUGAUGGGCAAAGGUGGGGCGAACAUAGGAAACAUUCGCAAGAUAUCUGGAGCAGUUGUAGAGAUCUCUGAAUCCAAAUCUUCCAGGGGUGAUCGUGUGGCUCUAAUAUCCGGCACACCCGAGCAGAAGCGUGCUGCUGAAAACUUGAUUCAGGCAUUUAUAAUGGCCACCUAACCUGUGAGGAUGCGUCUUUGUAUUCGAUCGUGAAUUUUGGUUUUUUCUUGGAGCGUUCCCCUAAGAAUGUUUACUCUCUUCUUCCUUUAGGUCUUGUCUGGGAAAGACCUUUAUUUCUAGGUUGUCUGUUAGACUUCUGUUUCUUCCAUUGCAAAGCCUACAAAGAUUUUGCAGGAAGAUUCAUUGCGUGCUCAUUCUGCGUGAUAUAGGUUCUGUGACUCCUGUCUGUGCUGUUACUCUAUUCAUGAUCUGCGGCAGUCUUAGAACUUAUAUAGGAUCUACUCCCUCCUUUCGUUGUAUUUUAUUUUUUAUUAUCGUUGGUUACUAUGUCUUUCAUCUUAUCUCAAAUAUUGGUUCUCUAUAACGUUGAUGUUCGUGCUGGAGUGCCUUCAACAAUGGCCGUAAUUUUAAAACUCAGUGAAUGGAUGUUUCUACUUUCACUUA